CACGGACGCUUCCUGGACUCCCAGCGUGACGUAUCUUUAGUGCCCGGUGUGUUAGCUUCUAAGCUAGUUAGCAAGCAAAGACGUACACUGGAGGCGGUAAACGUUAGCUAGCUAGUUAGUAACUAACAUUUUCUACACUGGUGACUGUUGCCAUCAGUCAUGGAUGACGAAAGCCACCCCAAAACCCUGUAUGUGGGAAACCUCUCAAGGGAUGUCACAGAAAUUUUGAUUCUGCAACUCUUCACUCAGAUAGGCCCCUGCAAAAGCUGUAAGAUGAUUACAGAGCAUACAAGCAAUGACCCCUAUUGCUUUGUGGAGUUCUUUGAACACAGAGAUGCUGCUGCAGCACUUGCAGCCAUGAAUGGGAGGAAGAUACUAGGAAAGGAGGUCAAAGUAAAUUGGGCCACGACACCAAGUAGCCAGAAGAAAGACACAUCCAAUCACUUCCAUGUUUUUGUGGGUGAUUUGAGCCCUGAGAUUACCACUGAGGAUGUCAAAGCUGCCUUUGCACCUUUUGGAAAAAUCUCGGAUGCUCGUGUUGUGAAGGACAUGACGACAGGCAAGUCAAAGGGGUAUGGAUUUGUGUCCUUCUACAACAAACUGGAUGCAGAGAAUGCCAUCCUCAACAUGGGGGGGCAGUGGCUCGGAGGACGUCAGAUCAGGACCAACUGGGCAACUCGCAAACCGCCUGCUCCGAAAAGUUCUCAGGACAAUGGUUCAAAGCAGCUCCGAUUUGAUGACGUGGUGACCCAGUCCAGUCCUCAGAACUGUACCGUGUACUGUGGAGGGAUCCAGUCAGGACUAACAGAACAUCUGAUGCGACAGACCUUCUCACCAUUCGGACAAAUAAUGGAAAUCAGAGUUUUUCCAGAGAAAGGAUACUCUUUCAUCAGGUUUUCUUCUCAUGACAGUGCUGCUCAUGCCAUCGUUUCAGUAAACGGCACAGUCAUUGAAGGUCACAUAGUGAAGUGUUUCUGGGGCAAAGAGACUCCUGACAUGGCCAAAAAUCCACAACAGGUGGAUUUUGGGCAGUGGGGGCAGUGGAGCCAGGUCUAUGGGAAUCCGCAGCAGCAACAACAACAACAGCAGCAGCAGCAGUAUGGACAGUACGUGACCAAUGGUUGGCAGGUUCCCUCCUACAGCAUGUACAGCCAGACGUGGAACCAGCAGGGAUUUGGAGUAGAGCAGUCCCAGUCACCAGCCUGGAUGGGAGGCUUCGGAUCUCCACAAACCCAGGCCGCCGCCCAGCCCGGCCCCGUCAUGUCCAACCUGGCAAACUUCAGCAUGGCGGGCUACCAAACGCAGUGAGCCGGUGCCAGGCGAAGUCGAUUACAAGGGGAUUUUGUCAGCUUUUUUAGUCUACACAGCAUCUUUCAUCUGGACAGCUGCUGACGCGGGUAAAGGAAGGGCAGAGGGCCGUAUUCACAAAGACUUUGUUGAUAAUAGUUGAUCUUCAAUGAGUUUAACACAACGUUUUUAAACAGAAACUUCCAUUUCACUCAGAACUUUUUAAAAUGUUAUUUAAUGAUAAAUACUUGUGUCAUGGAAAAGUGCUCUUGGGCUUCUGAAGUUUAGCCAACCAGUUAUCUUUGACGAAGUAGACGUUAAAGGAUUCUUCAGCCAUUUAAUGUUUUUCAUUGAAAUGUUUGGUUCUGCAGAGACUUUACUCAGUGUGUGAUGACUCUUAAGACUUAUCGGCCAUUAAUGCAUCUUAUCCCAUCACACUCUGAGUAAAUGAAUAUGGAGUUAUUAUAAUAUUUUGAAACUAAGUAAAACUGAGCAACAAUAAUUGAAUCAUUUAAGACAAAGGCACACUAUCUGGAGCAUGGAGACCAGGAGUCAAAUCCUCAAAUCUUAAACUAUAACAAUAUCUGCCUCCGUCUGCCAGUAUGUUUAUAUGAAUAUUUUCAUUGAAGAAGUGUUUGUUACAGAUGCGUUUAGUUACUUGUCUGCAGCAUGUUUCUGUCAUUUUAUACAACAGAAGACAAACCCUCCUCUUCCAUCUUCUUUUAUGGAUUAUCUUUGUACUGUCGACCUGUUUUUAAAAUGACGCGUAGUGAACAUGCGUCAGUCGUUUUCAUAAAACAUCAAGCAGAUUCUGAGAGAACUAAGAAGAGUCCUUAAAAAGACAAAAAGUGAAUUAUGUGCAUUUUCACAAACUGGUUUGAGGUCAAUAAACUAGUUUGUGUAAUGUUGUCAGAAGGUGGCGCUAUAGGCUACGUUACACACAGAGUAGAAGUGGAGCGUUCUGUUGCCGUUUCCAUCUAAAAUGCUUUUCAUGAAUUUGCUCUCAUCAUUUCGCACUAAUCUGAUGACGUGACCAGCCAUUUUUAGUUUCAUAUUGGACACUUAUAAAGAUGCAGAGGAUCAGUCAUGUGACUUAAAUGGUCAUUCCAUAUCCUAUUAAUAGGUAAAAGUUCAUCUGUUUAGCACCUCUCAGAGUGAUUUACAGGAGAAAAUCAUUAUAACAGAAGAUUACAGGCAGUAGAUAUAAGAUUUGCAGCUGCAGGAAUCAACAUCAAGGAGGAAAAAUAUUUCUCUGUCUCAAAAAACACUAAAUAUAAAUAUAGACAAACCUGACAUUAUUUCACGAUGUUGUGGAAAAGCAGAAAAAAAAUGUACUCUUCCAAACUUUUAGCACAAUAAUUAUGUCUGAGGAAAACUGACUACUCAUUGGUUCUUAUUACUGUCAGUCACAUGUGUAGCCCGCCUACCUGUCUGAAAACACCUGUGAUUGGACAAGGUCUUCAUCAGAAAAAGAGCAAGGAUUCUCGUUUCCUCUCAGAUGACGUAGAUUAUGGAGUUUUCACUCAAAGGUGCUGAAAAUCGGAAGUACAUUAUCGCACCGCUUUUACUCUUCUUCGAAACAGACAAACAACCUCAAGCGAGCGUCAACGUUUUUUAUGAAAUUGUGGAAGUUACUUUUGAUUUUUGCUCUGCUAUAAACAUUUCCAUAAAAUACACCUAUGGAAACACACUUCCUGUGAAUCGACCCGAACCCUCCAGCUGUUUUUACAAAUCCACCGAAAAGCGCUUUGUGAAUAGAGGCCCUGGGACAGUAGAUCACUUUUCCACUUCACACUUAUAAAAUCCUGUUAUUUGUCUACAUAACUGUGGCUUUAAUGGAGAGACGACCUAGAGGCGGAGCUCCGGUGACGUUUGUACAAAUACUCUUCACCUUCACAGACUCUUCGUGCUUUUGCAUCGGGGUGUUCGGAUCAGCAUGCUGUUAGCAGGCUUUUGAUGAACUUCAGUUUACACCUUCGACAUAGAUUAGACUAAUUUAUAACCCUGCUACCGGACAUGCUCACUGUAUAAAGAAAAUAUUGUUUAAAAAAAAAACAAAGAAACAGCUUAACCCCCACACUUUGUAAAGGUGACUCUUGAUGCUGAUUCUGGGGCUGGUUUCCUAGACGAAUAUAAAAUCUACAAGACUUCCUUCUUUUAUUUGUCUUUUAUUGUAUGAUUAUUUUAUUCUUAUGGAGGCAACAGAGAAUUUUUGGAUUUAAUUCAGCAAGAAAAACCAGCCCCUAACUUUAAAACAAACUCUUGGGAAAAGAGAAGAUGUUAAGACAUUUUGUUUUGUGUUAAUUAUACUAAAUGCUGUAGAUUUCCUAGUAGAUAAAAUCAAAGCAGGGGUCUUUUUCCCCCCUUGGUGCACUCUGAAUUUUUUCAGUAUUUUACUAAAUCCCAGGCCGAUUAUUUAAAAAAAACAAAACAAAACACACACACUUUUGACAAGAGGAUCUCUCAAAGACGUCCUGCCGUUUGGGUUUCAUUUGCUUUGGUGCCAUUUUGUACAGUGUUUUACACUUUCUGUUUGCUCCACUCUCCUUUUCCUGCCAACACACUUGAUGAGUUUUGGUUGUUUUUUUAAAAGCUGACAUUAAUUAAACAGGGUCAUGUUGGCUAAUGGUGUAAAUACUGACCUGGAUUUCCAGCAUUAGAGAAUAUGUACAUACUGUAGGUAGAACGAAAGACAUGCCAUUGUAAAACUUCAGCAAUAUAAUUUAUAAAUAAGCCUUAAUUGAAGAGUUGGUAAAUCCAAAUUUGUUUUAUUGUUUUAAAUUGAGGUUUCUUUUCAUUUGUUUUUUUGCUUUUUUUUUUUUUUUAAUUUGUGCCAUUUUUCAGGAAGCUGACGACGGUCAUGCUUGGAUUUAUUUCCUAAAGCCAUAAGUUUAGAGCUGCAACCAUUAUUUCAUUUAAUAGAUAAGAUCUUAGUUAAAUUAAUUAACAAGAUCGAGUCAUUUCUAGUAAAGUCUGGUUAUUUAUUUUUUGUUAUUUGUAAAUUUGUGCUUAGUUUAAUCUUUUUCUGUUUAAAUUUGUCUCAUUUUUGUUAAUUUUCCUUUUAUUUUAUUAGGUUUUUGUCAAUUUUGCUUUUAUUUUCAGCUUUUUCGUUCAUUGAGUUUUUCGUUCCUUUUUUUUAUUUAGAGCGAAUUUAAUUUUUUAUGUGUUGAAUUUUCGUGGAUUUCGUUCAUUUAGAUUUAAUAUUGUGAAUCCAGUGUGUAUCGGUUGCAUCCUCUACUCUUACAAAAUGAAUCCUAAGCGCGUCUGUCGUCCUUGUCUUCCAUAGAAACAACAGGAGGCCGGUCAUGUUUUAGCUUGAACUGCACGCUCAUGACAUGUAAUAUAUUUGUUGGUUAAAAUAUUGAAUGUAAUGGAAAUUUGCUUUUCUGACAGUAGUACAUAUGAGUUGGAGGAAAGAGGUGAUGUAAGAAGGAAAUCCAUUUUCCAAAACGAAGGAAAAGUCGGUGUCACUUCAAAUAAAUAAACAUUUGAACCUG